AUGGCCGAAGCACAAGCUCCAGAGCAAGCUCAGGGAAGUGAAGAGUUUGGACCUCCGAAGCAACGGAAAAGCCUCAUUCCCACGAUCCCACACCACACGCACCGGGAAAUUCGCAAAGCGUAUGUGUCGACCAGCAAUCGACCACGAUGGGUGUUGCAUAUGCAAGCCGUCUUUUGGCGGACUCUGAUGAGUCUGGGCAUGUUCUUCCAUCGUCUCGCGCCUCCUCAGCCGCCGAAACCGAGCUUUUACAAGACGAUUGAUACGACGAUCAGUGGGAGGCCGGGACAGAUAACGUUGUACUUCUACGUUCCGGGGGAUUAUCAUACGCAGAAGAGGUUGUGGUUGGAUCCGAAUGGCGAUGUCGAUCCGGACGAGGAAGUGGAGAAUAGGGCGAGGAGGGUGAGGCAGAGUAUUACGGGUCUCGGAGAUGGAAUCAGGAGGAGAAGGAGUGUGAGAAGGUGGGGUGGAUAUCCUGUGAUAAUCAACUUCCACGGAGGUGGUUUCACAUUGGGGAGUCCGCAUGAUGAUGCGAGGUGGUGCGGCACUGUCGUCACGGAAUGCAAUGCCGUUGUCGUGAGCGUGGAUUACAGGCUUGCGCCGGAGAAUCCUUUCCCUACCGCUGUGGAGGAUGGAGUCGAUGCUGUGGUAUGGAUCCAUAACCAUGCUGAGGAGCUCGGAAUCAAUCGGGAUAAGAUUGCUCUGUCAGGCUUCUCGUCAGGCGGCAACAUGGCAUUCACCGUACCGUUGCGACUUCACGAUCAGCAGACUGGCUUUGCAAGAAAUGAAUCGGACCUCGACCUCUCCAAGCAGCAAGACGGAACCGCGGAAGCGAGCACACUCCACGCCAAGCCCUCCAUCUCCGACGACAGAGAGCACACAGCUUCCAGCUCCUCAACAGAAGUCACGCAAAACCCGGAUGCCAGCACAGCCCAGCUGGUCGACCCCAAUGGCCCAUCGCCGGAGCCAACACCUUCAAGACCUCACAAGACUGGCACAACAUUCACUCAGCGCACGUUUGAUAUUCCAGAGAUCAAAAUCCGAUGUAUAGUACCCUGGUAUCCCUCUCUGGACUACACUCGUACUCGCGAAGAACGCCGUGCAACCUGUGUUCGCGCAGACCAGGAGCUACCCGCCCUCUUCACAGACCUCUUCGACGACUCCUACCUCCAUCCACCAAAAGAUGUUGCUCUUGACUCCCCUUAUCUCUCACCCGGCGUCGCUCCCACUGAACUUCUGAGAGAUGGGCUGCCAGAGGAGAUCAUCAUGCAUACCUGCGAAUGGGACAUGCUCCUCGACGAAGGCGAAGUCUUCUACAAACGCCUCACAUCCGACGAAAUCGGAAAGAAGGUGAAUUAUACCAUGAUUCCCGGUGUUCCGCACGGAUGGGACAAGGCACCUAACCCCUGGAAACCCACACCCGGCGUGCGGGAACAUUAUCUGAAAGCUUGUAAGGAGUUGAAGAGGAUUUUGGGCCAGAGGGAAGUGGACGAGAGUGCGCCGAGGAAGAGCAUUGUUAGGUGA